AUGGUAUUUGCAAUCAAGGCCACCGGCAGCAGCAAGAAGGAUCUCAAAGUCAAGACUCAUAGCUCGGUCAAGUAUAAAACUGCCGAUGAUGUUUUACAGCUUACCUAUACACAUCCCAACGGUACUACACCCGCCUACAUUUCGAGUGCCAGCAACAAGGACCUCCUCGUACCGGUUUCUGGAUAUGACGCCGCAUUGAGAUGGUGGGCACCAUCAAUCGACGAGAACGGAGAUAAGCGCGUGUUGAUUAAUGGACUUUAUCUCGUGCGCGGUGCCUCUGUCUCUGGCGGUUCCGUUGCCUUCACUGGCGACAUUGACGCGACGACGGAUAUUCAAGUGAACCUUCCUGACGAUAUCACUUCGAUUACAUGGAAUGGACAAGACACCGGCACAUUAGAAUUUAAGAAACCCAAUAUCAAGUUCACUGAAGAUCUUUCCAAGGCCCAAUGGAAAUACAGCUCCGCUUUUCCCGAGACAGAUCCUGCAUUUGACGACUCAAAAUGGACAACUGCAGACCAUGAAUCUACAUACUCAAUCACAGUUCCAGAGACUUUACCAGUGUUAUUCGCUGAUGACUAUGGCUACCACACUGGCAACAUUUGGUUCCGUGGUACCUUUGAUGGAUCCUCAGAAGUUACUGGCUUGAACUUGACUUGCAUGUCUGGCAGUGGCUCUGCUUGGUCGGCACGUGGUUCCACCAAAGCUCAGCUCCUUGGCGCCGAUAACCAAAACAUUUCAUCUAUCAUCAGCUGGAAAGUUCAAGGUAACGUCGGAGGAGAAGACUUGCCGGGCACAGUACGUGGCCCAUACAACGAAGGUAGUCUUUACGGUGAGCGUGAAGGCUAG